AUGUCGAUCAUCGUCGCCAACGUCGCCAACGUCGGCAGCGACGCGUUCUGCGCCGCAAAACAGCACUUCCUGCUCUGGGGUAUGGUGAUAAUCCAAGCUACGGGAUAUCAAACGGCCCAGAAUGAUUAUUCUCGUCUCGUCGGGUAUCUGAGCUCGAGCGGCGCUUGGUACAACAUGGCUCUGUGGCUCUCCAAGGCCUCGAUCUUCUGCACGAUCCAGGGCUACCCUGCCGGGAGGCAGAGCUGGGCCAAGGUGACCAAGUGCGGAAUUUACGCGCUUAUGUGCCUCGUCUUCAUGAAGUACCGGUGCCAGACAGAGACUUUGCCGCCCCAUCGUCCGUUAACCUGUUCCGUCCAGCACUCGCUCUUCUCAUUCUUGCUGCUGGUUUAUGCUGAUAAAUGUGCCUUCCUCUUUUAA